UGGCUAGCUUGACACGGCUUUCCGACAUGAGUUUUAGUGGUUUGUGGAAUGUUUGGUUAACUAGAAGUGGAAGGGCUGGCAGUGAAAGUAACCGUAUGCUGGUUUAAGGCUUCUUAAUAACUUCCUGAACGCUAACCUACUUGACCUACUCCGAAAAGGCAGAAUAGGACCUACGAAAACCGCCGAACGGUAAAUUUAAAGUCACGUCGGAACAAAAAGAAAGCGAGUCGAGCAGUGGAUCCGGUGGCAUUCAGGUUAUCAUUCAACCAUUCGAAACGGUUGUUUUUCCUGUAAGCUAGUUGCUUUUCAGUAAAAGCUAUAUGCUUCCGUCCUCGUCAUAAUGGAAAAUAACGUCAAAUGUGUCCUCCAGAAUGUUAUGAAUUCCAUGUGAUGGUGUGAGGAUGGGACAGGGAGGUGUUGGAAGUGACUGCAGCCCUGGAGGCUGAUGAACCCGCUCCAUUGGCCAGUCAGGAUGCACAUAGCUUCAGUGGGUGUUAGCAAAUUCUGCUUCCUGUUUUCCCUCGCAUUCUGCGGCCUCCUGCUUCUGCUCAUCCCUGCCUUCCAGCCCCCGGCGCGGCAUGUGGACCUGCCUCAGCCCCGACCCCAAGUCAGACCCGCUAAGGCAGUCCCAUCACACCUUGUUGAGGUUCCUGGAGUGUCUGUCCAUGCAGGUGAAACUGACUCUGCCACAGAGCCUAACGUGAACUCAGCGGAGCAGGGGAGAUCCUUUGACACUCAAGGUACCAGGAAUGAUAUCCAUAGUCCCAAGAGGGGGAUGGACUCCAAAACGGUACCUCUCCUUGGAGGAAAGGGUGGUCAAUUUUCAGGGUCUAAGUCACGGGACCGGUUAGAGGUUAAGGACAUUUUUAUUGCAGUGAAGACAACCAGGAAAUACCACAAGUCCAGACUGGAGCUGUUGAUUCAGACCUGGGUUUCCCAAGCUAAAGACCAGACCUACAUAUUCACUGACGCUGAGGACAAGGAGCUGAGGAUGAGAACAGGGGCUAACGUCAUCAACACUAACUGCUCAGCAGCUCACACCCGACAGGCUCUGUGCUGCAAGAUGUCUGUGGAGUACGAUAAAUUCAUCGAGUCUCAGAAAAAGUGGUUCUGCCAUGUGGAUGAUGAUAACUAUGUGAUCCUGCCCAGCCUGCUGCGGCUGCUCUCCUCCUACCACCACAGCCAGGAUGUCUACCUGGGCCGACCCAGCCUGGAUCAUCCCAUAGAGGCUGCAGAGAGGGUCAAGAGUGACGGCUCGGUGUCUGUCAAGUUCUGGUUCGCCACAGGUGGAGCAGGUUUCUGUAUCAGCAGAGGCCUGGCACUAAAAAUGAGCCCAUGGGCCAGUUUGGGGAAUUUUAUCAGCACGGCAGAGAAGAUCCGACUGCCAGACGACUGCACCAUCGGCUACAUCAUCGAAGCGCUGCUGGAGGUGACCCUCACACACACACACCUCUUCCACUCUCACCUGGAGAACCUACCGAAGCUGCCCACAGACACGGUGCUGGAUCAGGUGACUCUCAGCUUCGGAGGCUUUAAAAACAGAAGAAAUGUGGUCAGCAUUGUUGGAGGCUUUUCCCUGGUUGAGGACCCCACGAGGGGCACGACGGUGCCUGCCUUUUGUAUCCCGAUACUAAUGGGGGCCCCCCAAACCGAAAAAUCGCCCCAUAAAAACUGAAAACGCUGGGUUUUUAAUCCUGCAGCACUCACAAACCCGCUAAAAAUGUAUUUCCAAAGCUUCCGCCCGGGCCCUGGUUUUUUUCAAGUUUUGGGUUUAGCUGAAAAAAAAUAUACCAGGCAAUUUUUGUCAUUUUUUGGAUGGCUGAUCAACCUAACCUUACCAA